AGAGUCCAGAAGCCCAGCAGGAAGCAAUGAGAUGGCAAGAACAAGGCUAAAAAAGUUUACGACGCUGGAGCUUGUACUCAGUGCUCUUCUGCUUAUAGUGUUUAUCAUUGCUGUUGUUCUCAUUGUGCUUCUAGCCAAUUCCACGGAAAUAAUAGAUCCUGGGACAACUGGUACCCCAGGUCCUGGGACUACAAGUACUACUCCUAGUUCUGUUGAGUGCCCCGUGGUGAAUGACUUGGAACAGAUAAACUGCAUUCCUGACCAGCCACCAACAAAGGACAUAUGUGACCAGCGUGGCUGUUGUUGGAACCCUCAGGGAACCACAGACAUCCCCUGGUGCUACUAUUCCAAGAAUCAUGGCUACAACAUAGAGGGUGAUCUUGCAAACACAAAUGCAGGAUUCACAGCCCAGUUGAAAAGUCUGCCAUCUUCAUCCCUAUUUGGAAAUAACAUUGACAACAUCCUCCUGACAGCAGAAUACCAGACAUCUAACCGUUUCCACUUUAAGUUGACUGACCAAUCCAAAGACAGGUAUGAAGUACCCCAUGAACACGUGCAACCCUUCCGUGGAAAUGCUGCUUCCUCCUUGAACUACGAGGUUGAGGUCUCCAAACAGCCAUUUAGCAUCAAAGUGACCAGAAGAAGCAACAACCGUGUCCUGUUUGACUCGGGCAUUGGGCCUCUCCUGUUUGCAGACCAGUUUCUUCAGCUUUCCAUUCGCUUGCCCAGUGCUAAUGUGUAUGGUCUGGGAGAGCACGUGCACCGGCAGUACCGGCACGACAUGAACUGGAAGACGUGGCCCAUAUUUGCCAGGGACACCACCCCCAAUGGGGAUGGAACUAACUUGUAUGGUGCUCAGACAUUCUUCCUGUGUCUUGAAGAUGCUAGUGGAUUAUCCUUUGGGGUGUUUCUGAUGAACAGCAAUGCCAUGGAGGUCAGCCUCCAGCCUGCUCCAGCUGUUACUUACCGCACCAUUGGCGGUGUUCUGGAUUUCUAUGUAUUCUUGGGAAACACACCUGAGCAAGUGGUUCAAGAAUAUCUAGAGCUCAUUGGACUGCCAUCCCUGCCUUCAUACUGGACACUGGGAUUUCACCUUAGUCGAUAUGAUUAUGGAACCCUAGAAAAAAUGAAAGUAGUCGUAGACAGAAACCGUGCAGCACAACUCCCUUACGAUGUUCAGCAUGGUGAUAUUGAUUACAUGGAUGAGAGGAAGGACUUUACUUACAACCCAGUGGGUUUUAAAGGCCUCCCUGAAUUUGUUAAGGAGUUACAUGGAAAUGGACAGAAAUUUGUCAUCAUUGUGGAUCCAGCCAUCUCCAACAACUCUUCCCUAAGUCAUCCUUAUAGCCCAUACGACAGGGGCUCAGCUCUGAAGAUAUGGGUGAAUGAUUCAAAUGGAGUAAACCCACUCAUUGGGGAGGUCUGGCCUGGGAAAACCGUCUUCCCUGAUUAUUCCAAUCCCAACUGUGCUGCUUGGUGGGCAAAUGAAUUUGCGCUUUUUCACAACCAAGUGGAGUUUGAUGGAAUUUGGAUUGAUAUGAAUGAAGUCUCCAACUUUGUUGAUGGUUCCAUUUCAGGAUGUGCCACAAACACCCUCAAUCAUCCCCCAUUCACUCCCAGGGUCCUUGAUGGAUACCUGUUCGCCAAGACUCUCUGCAUGGAUGCAGUACAGCAGUGGGGCAAGCAGUACGACGUGCACAACCUGUAUGGUUACUCCAUGGCGAUCGCCACUGAAGGAGCUGUCAAGACUGUGUUCCCUGGGAAGAGAAGCUUCAUCUUAACGCGUUCUACCUUUGCGGGGUCAGGCAAGUUCGCAGCCCAUUGGCUAGGGGACAACUCGGCCACCUGGAGUGACCUUCAGUGGUCCAUCCCUGGCAUGCUUGAGUUCAACCUUUUUGGUAUCCCAAUGGUGGGUGCAGAUAUAUGCGGCUUUGCACUUGACACUUCUGAGGAGCUCUGCAGGCGGUGGAUGCAGCUGGGAGCCUUUUAUCCAUUUUCCAGGAAUCACAAUGGCCAAGGCUUCAAGGACCAGGACCCUGCUUCCUUUGGAGCUGACUCCUUGCUGCUGAAUUCUUCCAGGCACUACCUUAACAUCCGUUAUACACUGCUGCCUUACCUCUACACCCUCUUCUACCAUGCGCACAGCCGGGGAGGCACCGUGGCAAGGCCCCUUGUGCACGAGUUCUAUGAAGACAGCAACACGUGGGAUGUGCAUCGACAGUUCCUCUGGGGGCCGGCCUUCCUCAUCACGCCUGUUCUAGAGGAGGGUGCAGAUAGAGUGAAGGCAUACGUGCCUGAUGCCGUCUGGUAUGACUAUGAGACGGGGGCCAAGUUGAGAUGGAGGAAACAAGAGGUAGAGAUGGAACUUCCUGGAGACAAAAUCGGACUUCACCUUCGAGGAGGCUACAUCUUCCCCACACAGCAGCCAAGUACAACCACUAUGGCCAGCCGCCAGAACCCUCUUGGUCUUAUCAUUGCCCUGGAUGAGAACAAUGAAGCCAGAGGUGAACUUUUCUGGGAUGAUGGGCAGUCAAAGGAUACUGUUGCCAAUGAUGUGUAUGUUUUAUGUGAAUUUUGGGCCAAUCAGACCCACCUGGAUGUCACUAUUUCCAAAGCAACCUACAAAGAUCCCCAUAACUUAGCAUUUCAAGAGAUUAAAAUUCUUGGGACUCAGGUACUGAGCAGCAUCACAGUGAAACAGCAUGGUGUCUUAACUCCAAUGUCUCCCAACGUCACUUAUGAUGCUAACCUGAGGGUUGCUGUGAUCACAGGAAUCCAUCUAGUCCUGGGAGAAGCAUACACGGUGCAGUGGGAAAUGGGCAUAAGGGACCAGGAGAAGAUAGACUGUUAUCCCGAUCAACAUGGAGCUACUGAGGCCAACUGCACGGCCCGAGGCUGCGUCUGGGAGGCAUCCAGUAUCCCUGGGGUCCCACACUGCUACUUUGUGAAUGAUCUGUAUUCAGUCAGCAAUGUGCAGUAUAACUCCCAUGGGGCCACAGCUGACAUCUCCUUGAAGUCUUCUCCUUAUGUCACUGCCUUCCCCUCCACACCUGUGAGCCCCCUGCGCCUGCUCGUGACCUACCACAAGAAUGAAAUGCUGCAGUUCAAGAUUUUUGAUCCCAACAACAAGCGAUAUGAAGUCCCAGUCCCUCUGAACAUCCCCAGCACUCCAUCCAGCUCUUCUGAGGCCCGACUCUAUGAUGUCCUCAUUAAGGAGAAUCCAUUUGGGAUUGAAAUUCGCCGCAAGAGUACAGGCACUGUCAUCUGGGACUCUCAGGUCCUGGGCUUCACCUUCAAUGACAUGUUCAUCCGCAUCUCCACCCGCCUCCCCUCCCAGUACAUCUAUGGCUUUGGGGAAACGGAGCACACGGCCUAUAGGAGAGACUUGAACUGGCACACGUGGGGCAUGUUCUCCAGAGACGAACCCCCGGGGUACAAGAAGAAUUCCUAUGGCGUCCACCCAUACUACAUGGGCCUGGAGGAGGACGGCAGUGCCCACGGAGUGCUCCUGCUCAACAGCAAUGCCAUGGAUGUGACUUUCCAGCCCAUGCCGGCCCUGACAUACCGCACCACAGGGGGAGUUCUGGACUUUUAUGUGUUCUUGGGGCCAACUCCAGAGCUUGUCACUCAGCAGUAUACCGAGGUCAUUGGCCGGCCUGUCAUGGUGCCUUACUGGUCCCUGGGGUUCCAGCUGUGUCGCUAUGGAUACGAGAAUGAUGCUGAGAUCUCCAGCUUGUAUGAUGAGAUGGUGGCCGCACAGAUCCCCUAUGACGUGCAGUACUCGGACAUCGACUACAUGGAGCGGCAGCUGGACUUCACCCUCAGCCCCAAGUUCUCUGGGUUGCCCGCCCUGAUCGAUCGCAUGAAGGCCGCUGGCAUGCGGGUCAUCCUCAUUCUGGACCCAGCCAUUUCUGGCAAUGAGACAGAGCCCUAUCCUGCCUUCACUCGUGGUGUGGAGGAUGAUGUCUUCAUCAAGUUUCCCAAUGAUGGAGGAAUUGUCUGGGGCAAGGUCUGGCCUGAUUUUCCUAACAUUGUGGUUAACAGCUCUCUGGACUGGGACAGUCAAGUGGAGCAAUACAGAGCUUACGUGGCCUUCCCAGACUUUUUCCGGAACUCGACUGCUCUGUGGUGGAAGAGGGAAAUGGAAGAGCUCUACACCAAUCCACAGAGUCCAGAGAAGAGCUUGAAGUUUGAUGGCAUGUGGAUUGAUAUGAAUGAACCUUCGAGCUUCGUGAACGGGGCAGUUGCUCCUGGCUGCAGGGAUACAGCACUGAACCGCCCUCCGUACAUGCCACAUGUGGAUGGCAGGGACAGAGGCCUGAGCAGCAAGACCCUGUGCAUGGAGAGCGAGCAGAUCCUCCCAGACGGCUUGCGGGUGCGGCACUACGACGUCCACAGCCUGUAUGGCUGGUCCCAGACCAGACCCACCUACGAGGCCGUGCAGGAGGUGACAGGGCAGAGAGGCAUCGUCAUCACCCGCUCCACAUUCCCUUCUUCUGGACGCUGGGCAGGACACUGGCUGGGAGACAACACCGCUGCCUGGGACCAGCUGAAGAAAUCUAUCAUUGGCAUGAUGGAGUUCAGCCUCUUUGGCAUGUCCUAUACAGGGGCAGACAUCUGUGGGUUCUUUCAAGAUGCGGAGUAUGAGAUGUGUGCUCGCUGGAUGCAGCUGGGGGCCUUCUACCCCUUCUCCAGGAACCACAACACCAUCGGGACCAGGAGACAAGACCCUGUGUCCUGGGAUGCUGCCUUUGUGGAUCUUUCCAGGAGUGUCAUAGAGACCAGAUACACCCUGCUGCCAUAUCUCUACACGUUGAUGCACAAGGCCAACACGGAGGGCGUCACUGUGGUGCGGCCUCUCCUCCAUGAGUUUGUGUCUGACCGGGAGACCUGGGCUAUUGACAGUCAGUUCCUGCUGGGCGCAGCCUUCCUGGUCAGCCCUGUCCUGGAGCCUAAUGCCAGAAAUGUGACAGCAUAUUUCCCUAAAGCCCACUGGUAUGAUUACUACACGGGUGCACAAAUCAAUGCAAGCAGAGAGUGGAAGGUCCUGCCAGCACCUCUGGACCACAUCAAUCUUCAUGUGCGUGGGGGCCACAUCCUGCCCUGGCAGGAGCCUGCACUGAACACCCACCUCAGCCGCCAGAACCCUCUUGGUCUUAUCAUUGCCCUGGAUGAGAACAAUGAAGCCAGAGGUGAACUUUUCUGGGAUGAUGGGCAGUCAAAGGAUACUGUGGCCAAUGAUGUUUACAUUUUAUGUGAGUUUACGGCCAGCCAGACCCACCUGGAUGUGGCUAUUUCCAAAGCAACCUACAAAGACCCCAAUAACUUAGCAUUCGAGCAGAUUAAAAUCUUUGGGACUCAGGCACUGAGCAACAUCACAGUGAAACAGAAUGGUGUCCUUGCUCCCAUGUCUCCUAAAGCCACUUAUGAUCCUAACCUGAGGGUCGCUGUGAUCACAGGCAUCCGUCUGGUCCUGGGAGAAGCAUACACAGUAGAGUGGGACAUCGGCAUAAAGGACCAGGAGAAGAUAGACUGUUAUCCCGAUGAGCAUGGAGCUACUGAGGCCAGCUGCAUGGCCCGAGGCUGCGUCUGGGAGGCAUCCAGUAUCCCUGGGGUCCCACACUGCUACUUUGUGAACGAUCUGUAUUCAGUCAGCAAUGUGCAGUAUAACUCCCAUGGGGCCACAGCUGACAUCUCCUUGAAGUCUUCUCCUUAUGUCACUGCCUUCCCCUCCACACCUGUGAGCCCCCUGCGCCUGCUCGUGACCUACCACAAGAAUGAAAUGCUGCAGUUCAAGAUUUAUGAUCCCAGCAACAGCCGUUAUGAAGUCCCAGUCCCUCUGAACAUCCCCAGCACUCCAUCCAGCUCUUCUGAGGCCCGACUCUAUGAGGUUCUCAUUAAGGAGAAUCCAUUUGGGAUUGAAAUUCGCCGCAAGAGUACAGGCACUGUCAUCUGGGACUCUCAGGUCCUGGGCUUCACCUUCAAUGACAUGUUCAUCCGCAUCUCCACCCGCCUCCCCUCCCAGUACAUCUAUGGCUUUGGGGAAACGGAGCACACGGCCUAUAGGAGAGACUUGAACUGGCACACGUGGGGCAUGUUCUCCAGAGACGAACCCCCGGGGUACAAGAAGAAUUCCUAUGGCGUCCACCCGUACUACCUGGGCCUGGAGGAGGACGGCAGUGCCCACGGAGUGCUCCUGCUCAACAGCAAUGCCAUGGAUGUGACUUUCCAGCCCAUGCCGGCCCUGACAUACCGCACCACAGGGGGAGUCCUGGACUUUUAUGUGUUCUUGGGGCCAACUCCUGAGCUUGUCACUCAGCAAUACACUGAGGUGAUUGGCCGGCCUGUCAUGGUGCCUUACUGGUCCCUGGGGUUCCAGCUGUGUCGCUAUGGAUACGAGAAUGAUGCUGAGAUCUCCAGCUUGUAUGAUGAGAUGGUGGCCGCACAGAUCCCCUAUGACGUGCAGUACUCGGACAUCGACUACAUGGAGCGGCAGCUGGACUUCACCCUCAGCCCCAAGUUCUCUGGGUUGCCCGCCCUGAUCGAUCGCAUGAAGGCCGCUGGCAUGCGGGUCAUCCUCAUUCUGGACCCAGCCAUUUCUGGCAAUGAGACAGAGCCCUAUCCUGCCUUCACUCGUGGUGUGGAGGAUGAUGUCUUCAUCAGGUUUCCCAAUGAUGGAGGAAUUGUCUGGGGCAAGGUCUGGCCAGAUUUCCCUAAUAUUGUGGUUAACAGUUCUCUGGACUGGGACAGCCAAGUGGAGCAAUACAGAGCUUAUGUGGCCUUCCCAGACUUUUUCCGGAACUCGACUGCUCUGUGGUGGAAGAGGGAAAUGGAAGAGCUCUACACCAAUCCACAGAGUCCAGAGAAGAGCUUGAAGUUUGAUGGCAUGUGGAUUGAUAUGAAUGAACCUUCGAGCUUCGUGAACGGGGCAGUUGCUCCUGGCUGCAGGGAUACAACUCUGAACCGGCCUCCCUACAUGCCACAUUUGGCAGGCAGGGACAGAGGCCUGAGCAGCAAGACCCUGUGCAUGGAGAGCGAGCAGAUCCUCCAAGACGGCUCGCGGGUGCGGCACUACGACGUCCACAGCCUGUAUGGCUGGUCCCAGACCAGACCCACCUACGAGGCCAUGCAGGAGGUGACAGGGCAGAGAAGCAUCGUCAUCACCCGCUCCACAUUCCCUUCUUCCGGACGCUGGGCAGGACACUGGCUGGGAGACAACACCGCUGCCUGGGACCAGCUGAAGAAAUCUAUCAUUGGCAUGAUGGAGUUCAGCCUCUUUGGCAUGUCCUAUACAGGGGCAGACAUCUGUGGGUUCUUUCAAGAUGCGGAGUAUGAGAUGUGUGCUCGCUGGAUGCAGCUGGGGGCCUUCUACCCCUUCUCCAGGAACCACAACACCAUCGGGACCAGGAGACAAGACCCUGUGUCCUGGGAUGCUGCCUUUGUGGAUCUUUCCAGGAGUGUCCUAGAGACCAGAUACACCCUGCUGCCAUAUCUCUACACAUUGAUGCACAAGGCCAACACGGAGGGCGUCACUGUGGUGCGGCCUCUCCUCCAUGAGUUUGUGACUGACCGGGAGACCUGGGAUAUUGACAGUCAGUUCCUGUUGGGUCCAGCCUUCCUGGUCAGCCCUGUCCUGGAGCCUAAUGCCAGAAACGUGACAGCGUAUUUCCCUAGGGCCCGCUGGUACGAUUUCUACACGGGUGCACAAAUCAAUGCAAGCGGAGAGUGGAAGGUCCUGCCAGCACCUCUGGACCACAUCAAUCUUCAUGUGCGUGGGGGCCACAUCCUGCCCUGGCAGGAGCCUGCACUGAACACCCACCUCAGCCGCCAGAAAUUUCUGGGCUUCAAGGUUGCCUUGGAUAGCGAAGGAACGGCUGAGGGCUGGCUCUUCUGGGAUGAUGGGCAAAGCAUUGAUACCUACAGAAAUGGACAGUAUUAUUUGGCCCGCUUUUCUGUCAGCCAGAAUACAAUGCAGAUGGAUGUGAUUUCCAACCAUUACAUCACUGGUACCAACCCUUUGAAGCUGGGCUAUAUUGAAAUCUGGGGAGUGGGCGGCAUCUCCGUAACCUCCGUGAGCAUCACUGAAAAUAACACGAACUCAGCAAUCCCCUUUGAAUACGACCCUGCUGCACAGGUUCUAAGCAUCAAUGUGACCAGUAGAGCCAUCAGCCUACAUCAUUUCAAUUCACUGACAUGGAAUAUCUCUCCAUAAAACUUUAGUGUAAGAUACUGAUUAUAAAUACAUCUGAAACAUAACCUUGUGUGUUGCUAAUUGGUCAAUACCCAAUAUGAAUAUAGUAUUUUAUUGAUUUUC